CUCCCUCUCCUCUUCGCCAUUGGUUGAUUUGCCUGCCUUUUUGGCUCGGGCCCGCUCCGCCGACCCCGCUCUCUCGGACUCGGGAUGUGUAAGCGCCAUGCGAAAGACUGGGUUUUGCAGCGUAAGACAGCCCUGCGAUGACCGUGGUGGGGCCGCGCAGGGAUGGACUGCGCGCAGCUGAAGCCGGGCCGUACAGCGCAGCGCGAAUGGCCACAACGGGCCCUGAGGCCGUGGCCUCUGUUGGAUCGUGGUCGUCAGCUGGAGCGGAGCAAACGCUGCUCGGCACCAGAGAGGUGGCGCGUUGGGCUCGGCCGGGCAGCGUUGGCGGCUGCACCCGGCGGCUCCGUGCGUUGGGCGGGGCAGGAAACUCCGGUUUGCCUUCCGCGUCCCGCACACCUGUCGCCAUGGCGAGCCACGGGAGGGCUUUGAGGCUUUUUAAAUUGUUACAUAGAACUCGGCAAGAAGUUUUUAAAAAUGAUACAAGAGCCCUUGAAGCUGCAAGACAGAAGAUAAAUGACGAAUUCAAAAAUAACCAAAAUGAGACAUCUGAAGAGAAAAUAAAUGAGCUUCUGAAAAUAGCUUCAGAUGUUGAAAUGAUUCUCAGAACUUCUGUUAUUCAGGCAGUUCACACAGAUUCCAACAAAAUAUCGACAGUGUAUGAUUCAGUUAUAUCUGCUGUUGUUCCUUCUCUGCAGUCCUGCCUCUUGAGUCUCAGACAAUGAGAAGAAAUAUUGUGCUCUUACCCAGGAAGGAUCUACUACAAGACAAUAUUCCUUACUCUGAUAAACCAACAAAAAAGCAUGAAUCUUGAGAAGAGUGUGCCCUUCUUCCCCGUAGGUUAAAACCUGGUAAUGAUAACUCUGAAAAAUUGUAGUAGGUACCUGUCUUGUUUUCCAAAUAUAAAUUAUAAUUAAUACCAAGAAAAUGUGGACUGAAACCAGUUUUGUUUGUUGUGAUAUCACCAUGGACUUCUUUUGAGGAAGAUAGUACUAUUGCCACAGAAAAUUGAGAGACACAAUUUCCUUGAAAAAGAAAGUGUGUAAAUAUAUGUACUGCUGAAUUGUGUUACUUCAGAGAGGAGUUUUUUAAUUAUGAUAAUUAUCAGACAGAGAUUGUUUCCUCGCAGUCUAGAAUUUUGGGGAACUAAAUGCAAGUGAGUUGUAGCUCUUAAUCUUGAUAAGAUUACAUUACAUACUGCUUUGAAAUAACUGAAAACCGUCCUGUAAAACUUACCAUUAAAUUUACACUUCACAUCAAAAAGCA